CUUCAGCCCACUGUUUAAUGGGCCUAACGCUAAAGUGAUCAUCAUAUCGAAAAUUACAAGUUUGCCACUUUCUCGCUGCUUCAUCCCUCUCGUUGGUUCGUCAGAUUUGCGUCCAAAUCCCUCCCUAAAACCUUGAGUCAGACUCAAGAGAUACGAACCAGAGAAAUGUGGAAGUACGGUUUAAGAAUCGCCGCCGGGAAUGCCAAAUUGAAUCGGAAGUCUUCGAUUCUAAAUAAUACCGUUUGUCAUUUCUCACCUCCGACUUCAGCCGCCGUGGGAACACUUUUCCCGAGUUUAGAUCACGUUCAUCGAUGCUUUUCAUCUUCGAAGAGCACGAAAUCUUCAAUCACCAAAACGAAGAAAUCUGAAGGCAAAAAAUCCAAACCUAAAGGCGGCGAUCCUGGUGCCGCCGGAGCUGAGGAAGGAGAGUUUGGAGCCGCCGGUGGAGACGACCUUGAAGCGGGUCGUGCCAAGAGACUAGCUGAUGAUGAGAAGAUUCCGUCUCUAGAUGUUGGUCCUAAUGGAAGGCCUCUCUUUACUCCCAAAGAUACUACACUAUCGCAGCUGACUCACAAGGAUAUUGGCUCCUACUUCAAAUUCGAUGAGGCAGCACUGAAAGCAGUUCUGCCGGAAGGAUUAGCUUCAGGAAUUGAAGAUGAGUUUAAUGAAUCAUGGAGACCUGCAUUGCUUGUCAGAAAAAGUUACUUGGCUCUGAGGGAUAAUUUUAGACGCAUUGCUGAUCCUCCCAUGUGGCCAAGUGACAGUAAAGGUGUCAAACUUCAGAAGCAGAUUGUCUUGGAUGGCCCUGUUAAGUGUGGAAAGAGUAUUGCUCUGGCGAUGCUUGUUCACUGGGCACGUGACGAAGGCUGGUUAGUUUUAUAUGCACCAAAAGGACGUGACUGGACUCACGGUGGCUACUUCUAUAAGAAUCCACAUACAGGGUUUUGGGACACUCCUCUACAAGCUGAGAAUAUUCUCAAGGAUUUUGUCAAGUUCAAUGAAUCCCGCUUAAGAGAGUUACGGUGCAAAAUCCAUGAUCCUAUCGUGCUUGGAGAGGGUGCGGGUGUUGGAUACUUGAAAGGAGCAGAUGCUAUGCCUAUUCCCGAGGAUUCAACUCUGUAUGACCUUGUGCAAAUGGGAAUUAAGAGCACUCAUGCAGCUGUUAAUGUCGUUGUGCGACUUAGAAAAGAACUCUCAGUUGUAAAAGAUGUACCAGUGUUGAUUGUAAUCGAUCAAUAUAACAGUUGGUUUACAUUCAGCGAGUUUGAAGAGCCCGUAACACCGCGUUCUUGCCGACCUAUACAUGCCAGAGAACUUACAACGGUGAAUGCUUUCAGAAGCAUGAUGCAUGAAGAUAUGAUGGUGGGUGCAUUCUCACAUUCAACAGCAGUAGGAAAACUACGCAAAGACUUGCCAGAUGUUCCAGUUGAUGCUCGUCAGCAAUUCCCACGUUAUUCUUUGGAUGAAGCAGAAGCUGUCUGCUAUUACUACCUUCGGCAAAGACUAGUUCGGCGUGAAGUAUUCAACGAAGAAAACUGGAAGAAGAUAUACUAUCUGGCAAAUGGAAAUGGAGCAGAGAUGCGUUGGUUAGCCCCUUUCAUGCGUUGAGGAACAAUAUACAAACAAACAAAAUAGAUUGUGAUCUUGAUUUGUCGCCUUUUCUGGUGUUUUAAGUUAUCCCGUUAGUUUGGGAGAGAAACUCUUUUCAUUGACCUUUCUGAAUUAAAGGAAGAUUUUUGUUGUUUGAGUUUGUAGUUUUAGGUUUCCUUGUUGUCUGUAAAACACUGGUUUUUGGACCUAAAUUUCUUUCUAAUAAAAUCAGUGCCUCUCAUUUAUUAUC